GUUAUUAAUAAUAAAAUGUCUACCCUAAGAAGAUCAGAAAGACUUGUAAAAUUGAGGUCUCUCUUAGAGUAUGAGUCAAUAACAAAGAAAAAGGAUGCCCAAUUAGCAGGAAAGAUCAAGCACAGCUCCAGUACAUGUCCUUCCAAAUCUUCUGAAACGAAAAGUAGAAAAUCAAAAUAUUUCUCAGCUAAAGUAGUGGCAGCUAAGAGUACUAAACUAAGGGCAUCGAAAAGACAGCCAACCAACCAGAAACGAAGUACUUAUUUUAAAGAGAAAGAUAAACAAGUUGUUCAAUCUCCUCAUAACCACAAACACUUGGAAUAUCCUCAUUAUGCUCCACCUCGAUCACCUUAUGGACUCAUACAAGAGGAACUGUGGCAGGAUCCAUGGAAGCUAUUGAUUGCUACAAUCUUCCUUAACAGAACUACUGGUAAAGCUGCUAUUCCAAUUUUAUGGAAGUUUUUUGAUUGUUACUCAACACCAGAAGAAGCGACUGCUGCUAAUUGGAAGGACAUUGCAAGCAUGAUUGAACCACUCGGGCUCCACAUCAAAAGAGCUAAAAUGAUAAUCAGAUUCUCAGGAGAAUAUUUAAGCAAUGACUGGGUAUACCCUAUUGAACUCCAUGGCAUAGGCAAGUAUGGCAAUGACUCAUAUCGCAUCUUUUGCACUGAAGAGUGGAAAGAGGUACGUCCUAAUGACCACAUGCUCAAUAAAUACUAUGAGUGGCUGUGUCAAUUGAAUGACUAUCAUCCUGAGGACUGGGAACCUUAAGAAACGUUGCU